AUUAAAACAUGGCGCUAUCUUAUCUACAGUAAUACUUUUGACUAGUUCCUCUAUGUGUUUCUUUUAAAUCUUUAUUUUUGUAAUGUUAAUCGAAUUACGGACUUUUCGCAAUGUAGAUUUUCAUAUCUAUUCUCUUGGUUACGCGUUAAUUUUGAAAAGAAAUGGCCAAAUCCCAAAAGAAUUAUUCCGAGGCUAACUGUUUGAGGAAAGAAAUUUAGGAGCUAAAAUUUCUUUCUAAUAUAUUUUGACCAAGAACAAUAAUGAUUUCUUCUUAUUAGCCAGCCAAAGCAGAGUGAUACAUAAGUUUGAAUCCUUCAAAAUCUGUUAGGAUACACCUAAUCAAAAGCGAGAUUCAAAAUAUUAACCCUAACAUACUACUAUUUUAGAUUCAAAUUGUUUUAAAUCCGUGUCAAAUGAUAUUUGAAAUCAUAUAAGUAGUAUUAUGUAUUUUACUUUUAUCCUGGGCGUAUCAGUAUCCAAACAGACCAAAAUGAAUUCUGAAUAUCUUUUUAGUCCUUACUCUGGUAUAUGUGUUGGAUUUUGAACUUUGCUUAAAAAUAGAAGAUGUAACAAGGGGUAGACAUAUUUGAUUUUUCUAAGCAAGAAAAAUACAUAAUAGUACAAAAUAAACAAAUUCUAGAAUACAAAUUUACGACAUCUCAUCACUUAAAAUACAAACCAACUCAAAUAAGUAACCGAAAAUCCCGAAACAAACGCUUUAGGCGCGGAAACUGAACUUAGGGUUUCCCCUUAGCUUAUAAAAAUCUCCCUUUAGAAUUACGACAUUCUCAAGGGUUCUUUUUGAUCAAUCCAUCGGUUAACAAUGGCGGUGGAGACAUCAAGAAUGACUGGUACAGUUUCCAAGUUCAAUAACCAAAAAGGUUACGGUUUCAUCAAACCUGAUGAUGGAUCAGAAGAUCUAUUCGUUCAUCAAUCUGAGAUCAAAUCUGAUGGCUAUCGUUCUCUUUACGAAGGUCAAAAAGUGGAGUUUACCAUGACUGUUAAGGGUGAUAAGUAUCAGGCUAUUGAUGUCACUGGACCCCAUGGUGCUCCUCUCAAUAAUGGCAAGGGAAACAGUAACACACGUGGCAGUGAUGGUGGUUAUGGUUAUAGAAGGAAUGGCAAUGGUGGUGUGUGCUAUAGUUGUGGGAGGACUGGACAUUUAGCUAGGGACUGUGAUCGUAGCGUUGGUGGUGGAAGAGGUGGUUGUUAUAACUGUGGUGUUGCUGGGCAUUUAGCUAGGGAUUGUGACCGUAGUGGUGGUGUUGCUGUUGGAGGAGGCGGUGGUGGUUGUUACACGUGUGGUGGGUAUGGUCAUAUGGCUAAAGAAUGUCCGAGUAGUGGACGUCUUGGUGCUCGUGGUGGUGGAGGUGGCGGGGCUUGUUAUACAUGUGGGGUACAAGGACACUUGGCAAGAGAUUGUCCCGGUGAAGGAGGUGGUGGUAAUUAUGGGAGAUAUGGUGGUGGUAGUGGAGGAGGCAAGUGUUACAACUGUGGGGUGGCGGGGCAUUUUGCUAGGGAAUGCACUGCUCAAUCUGUGAAGUGAUCAUGUUCAUGAUCUUUUCUGUUAGUACUCCAUUUUUCUUAGCAAUAGACAUGAUUUUUGCAGUUGUUGUUUGGUUAGUUAUAUGACUAGAUGUUCUUUUGAAAUAGCUUGACAGAGCUGUUCGAAUUGAUGUUUUUGGGAUGCAAAGUAUAUAAAAAGGCUGAGGGUUCAAUGUUUGCACUUUAA